GAAGGAAAAAGGAACAGAAUCGAGCGGAACCUUUAGACAAACCAAGAGGGACCGAAAUAACAGUUGCACACCACGCGUCGCUGACUCGCUGUUCUGUGCAGAUAAGGGAGACAUGUCUCGCAUUGCUGACUAUAAUGCGCAGUUCGCAUCCAGGUUCUGUGCGGAGGACGUAGAGUUUCAGCGGUAUCGGGAGCGCGCGGCCGACCCACCGCCGGUGCUGGAAGACUGGAGAGCGCGUGGACGCAGAGAUAAACGAGUUCCGGAUCAGCGGCCGCAGGAGCGCUACAACCGGCGCUGGUCUGACCGCGGUGACGAACGUAAAUCCGUUCAUGAUUCCUACAGUCAGAGGUCACAUUACCGACACCUGUGACCCUCAAUGUUUUCUACUUUUGCCUGUCAUCAUGACUGAUCAUUAUUAAAACGAGCUGCUUGUUUUGUUUCUCAUUGUAACUUGUAAGUUAUUAAAAUUUCCCUCACUGAGAUGUGAAGCUUGA